AACUUCUCAGAAGCAGUUGGGCUUUACAUCACUGAGACAUGGGCUCUGAAGGGUUUCUGACUCCAUCACUUUGUCUCCACUGCUGGAGCAGCCCUCAGAUCAGGGCAUGACAGAGUUUCCAGAAUCAAGGAAAACUUGAGAUUGGACACUCUCAGCACCAUGACAACCUCACCCUCCAGCAGUGACUACAGUAGCACAGAGGAUUCUAUUUAUGAAUGCAAAUCCAACCAGAGCGCCUCGGUGGGCUACUACCCUUCUGAGAACACCUUUUCCUAUGAGGACAUGGUCUCCCGUGAGGAGACAGCCUCUGUGGAUUCUUUGGUCCAUUUCCUCCCUCCUGUCCAAAGCACCUGGAGGACAGAGAGUUUAAGGAGACUCUUCAGGAAACGAGAUCGGGUGGAGCAUGACCCAGAGCAGUUCAGCAAGCUAAGCAUCACACUGGCCUGGGAUAUCGAUGUGGACUCUGACCAUGCAGACUCUCUUGCUAAUCUGGAUCUAAAUGCCCAUAGCCAGUGGAUGAAUAAGUGGCCAGAAGACAAGACAAAACUGACUCCCUGCAAACUGGAUAACCUAGUACAGAAACUUGAGAUAUUUCUAGGAAAAGAAAAAGGUGGCCAGCAUGACGGCUGUGUGCUCCCUGAAUCUACUCAGAAGGAAGAUGUCCACCUCAACAGCACUACCCCUCCACAUACUGCUCAGGUCCGUCCUAAAGAACGUGAUGUUUGUCAAGACUUGUCCAAGCACAGAUCCCUGGAAAAUGAAGAUAUCUGUCAGGUCCUAGAGGAUCCUCCAAGGUUACUGAAAGAUGAAGUUGUGCAGGAGAUACGACAGGCAUCUGAGAGUUCCUUGGAAACCUCCUCCAUGUCAUCCUCUCAGCCAGAGGGUGCUUCCCGCUCACACAACAUAUUCUGUAUGAACUUUCGGUGGGUCUUCCAAUGGCUGCGGACACAAAUCUUCUCCCGAUGGAGGAGAGAGCACCCUAGCCAGGCUACCAACACCUGGCACCAGAAAGCAGUGAGAAAUAUACAUUCUCUCAGAAGCAACAGAAUCCAACCCCAAGAAUGACUCAAGAAUGAGUUCACCUGACAGCCCCAGAUUUUUAAACCUUCGAAGCCUCUUGUUCAAAAAUUCCUAAGAGGUGUAUGUGUCCUCUCCUCCGCCUCACAGAUGAGGAAAUCAAUACCUGGAGUACACAGUGGGAGUUUCCAAUCUUCACAUUCCUUCUGAACAAGCCACUUAUUACAACCAGGGAACAAGUGUACCUGAAGUAGUCUGGUAUCCUGGACCACCAGAACUGCUGUCUUGAUGUUGGACCCACGACUAGGCAGUGGCUCCAAACAGUCUCAAUGCCCACUGGAAGCACCACCUAAGCUGCCCCACCAUGGUGGGAGGCUGGUCGGAUAUAUACUGCCUUCUGGAAAUGAGGGUUUGCAUAAUGAAAGAGUAAAACACACAUAAACAAAAUGGAGGCAAAAAGGAGGAGGGAGAGGGGAUGCUAUUCUUUUGGGAAGCAGACACUACCUAAGUUUACCAAGAGAUAAUUCAGCCUUCUGAAUUCAACAAGCAUAUUUUCAGCCUGAGUCAAAGUAAUUUGCUUGGAGAAGACACACAGAUCUGUGUUUAUUGGGGAAAAAGUCGUGGGGAUUGUUGAGCAGGGGUUCCCAUCUCCCCCAAGACUAUACUGAAGAAAAAGCCCAAUUCUUUAGGAAGAUUUCUGGUUUCUGCCUACUCCUUUUAACCUCUGGAACUAUGCAGCAAUAGGAAGUAUUCAAGCACAGCUCAUUCAUUCUAGUGUCCAAUGCGUUAUCCAACCAAAGCAGGUCCUCUAAGCCUCACGUGUGGGGAAGGGGUGAGGCUAGCCACUUUGAGUAUCAAAAGGGAUGCGCGGGAGCUGGAGGGCCAUUGGGGUUUGGGGGGUAAGAAUGUUACUGAACCUUUAAGUCUCCUGUAGAAUUACUAUAAUUGUCAGGCACAUGUUAAUCUCAUUAAUCAAUAAAUUCUGGGAUCUAUUUAACCU